GGAUAUGUUACCAUAGUAACAGCAUAGUCGCAGCUCUGUUGACUCUCUGCAGCAGCUAACUUCGUGUGAAUAAACUAAAGUGGUCUGCCGAUCAGUUGUUUGCCACCGAGAUAGAGCGCUCACUUCAGGACCACUAAGCAGGGUCUGCGGAAGGCAGGAUGUCGAAUGAUGUUGCCGGUGUGUGGGAGGUGGCGCUGAGCGAUGGAGUCCACAGGAUUGAGUUUGAACAUGGCACGACCACCGGAAAGAGGGUCAUCUACGUUGAUGGAAAGGAGAUACUGAGACGGGACUGGAUGUUCAAACUUGUGGGGAAGGAGACAUUCAGUGUGGGCAAAUCAGGCACCAAAGCAACGAUCAACAUUGAUGCAGUCAGUGGUUUUGCCUACGAGUACACAUUGGAGAUCAACGGGAAGAGCUUGAAGAAGUACAUGGAGAACAGAUCAAAGGUCACCAGUACCUGGGUUCUCAACUUGGACGGCAUUGACUGCAGGGUGGUCCUGGAGAAAGACACCAUGGAUAUUUGGUGUAAUGGACAAAAUAUUGAGACUGCGGGGGAGUUUGUGGAUGAUGGCACAGAAACACAUUUCACCCUCGGAGACCACAACUGCUGUGUGAAGGCUGUGAGCAGCGGGAAGAGACGAGACGGCAUCAUUCACACGCUGCUCGUGGAUGGCACAGAGAUAGCUGAGUGCACAGAGUGACUGUGUGUGUUUACAUUUAUAUGAAAGCGGAGAUCUGGUCUGUGUG